AUGGAUUCUGAUCAGGUAUCCGAAAACUCAGCAAUGGCACAACCGUACCAUAACGACGAUGAUUCUGGCCGAGAGUUAAGCGCAGAAUAUGGAAGCAGCCGUCAGGAAGAUCAUCAGCACCAUGCAGAUUUACAAUGGAAUAGCAUUAAUCGAUCACUCCGUCAUCAUGGCUUGCAACCAAUUUCUUUUCUAUCGCAAGAUUCUGUUGAAAUACCAUGCCAAAAUAUCAUUAUUAUGGAUAAUGCAAUGUCAGCCAUCUUAAGAAAUAACUUAUCAAGCCUGAUGGACGAUUGUGACAGACGUCAAGCACUGAUACAAGAAUUAAUCACAACCACCAGCAAUUUUCAGGCUAAAUCUCGUAAUGACAAUUCUAAUACGGAAAAGCUACAUAUGGAGAUUACGCAAUUGCGAAUGCAGCUGGAGGAUGAAAGAAUAAAAUUUAAGGAAAUCAAUGAGGAUAGAACAUUAGAAAUCCAUCAGUAUACUGAUGAAAUUGAGACUUUGCGUUUAUCGAGGGAUAAUUAUCAUAGCAAAUAUUCUCAAUUAUUACGAAAGCUGCGACACAACGAGAAAGAAUCAGAUCAGUUGCGACAGCAGUAUAAUGAUCUAAUUGAUAAAGAGGAGAAACGAAUUGAUCGCCACAAUGAAAUCUUUCGUUUAAUCAAAAAGAAAUCACCUCGGCUUUACAAUGCUUUGGAUCGAGCAACUUUGGAGAUUAUGGAUGCGUAUGAAAAUGUUAUUGAAAAGCUAAAAAUGGAAUUAGAAAUUAUGAGAGCUGAAACUAAUGAAGCAGACUCUAAUCUCGUUGGUUUACGUACAGAUAUAGACGUUUUAAGUCAUAGUAGUAAUCCAAGGGCGGUGCUAGAAACCGGUGAAACAGCAGAAAUCCAGGAGAAAGCUAAUAAAAUUACCCAUCAAACGGUUGCAAAGCAGGAAAAGAAAUUUAAGGAAUUACAGCAAAAGUUAAAGGCAGCAGAUAAACAAAUACACGAGUUGAAAUCGCAUUCUAAGAAUCUCGAUGUUGACAAUGUCAGCAUGAAAAGAGAGUUACAAGACAGACCAAGCUUACGUGAAUGGAAUAAACUGAAGCGCCACGCUAAUAAACUAGAAGAAAUAUUGCAGGAGAACGACAUAAGUAUAAAGGAUAGAAAGAAAAAUCAACAUACACAAGACACGGUAGAAGACACCAACCUACAAAAUUUAGAAAAUCAAAUCAAUAAAAUGUCUCUGCUUAAGUGCCGUGAUAACAUCAAGAAAAUCUGUACCUUUAUGAAAAUUGAUGACUUUAACCGAAUUUGGCCUCAUCUAGAUGGAAUGGCAUCUAUUGCUGACACAUAUAGGCUUAUGGAUAAGCUAAUCCGUGCUAUCAUCGAGCUUAUAGCAGAAAGUGAAUUACCGGAUGUAAAUGAAGGUAUCCGGUUGCAGGGUCUUGAUAACUUAUGUGAGGAAAAUUGGCAUCACAUUAUACCUACUCUUAAAGCAUGGAUAAAGCAACUUCAUGGUCUUCAGGAAUUACAGCAGUCAAUUAAUCGCCUAGCUUCUACGCUGCUGCCAUGGCAAAGAGACGAUAUCGAUAUAUUUAAAGAUAAAGCUUUAACAGUAACCGAAAUUAAUGCUGCUGUUGAUGCCCUAACAAGACAUGGCGAAGAUAACGGAAUCAACAUUCAAGAAUCAGAAUCGGACCCUUCUCAUCUAAAAAUGCUGCAGACUGUGGUACAACAUUUUCAAAAACUGUUUGACGUCAAAACUCUAUCUGGUGUAUUUACUAGAAUGAACGAUAUAUACGUUAAGUUAAAUGAAACUUACAAUAUUUUACACUCCUUGAGAGAAACUUUAGGUUUAGAAGAGAAUUGCUUACCACGCACAAUAGUUGCUGCAGUUUCGAAAUUGGUUCAAAUACAUGAUAAUGCAUCUUAUAACCAGAUACAAAAGCUACUGGGUGUAAAUGACUUAAAAGAGUAA